AUGCUUCCGCGUCUCCGGCGAAUCUCUCGCCCAUUCUCCCAUUCUCUUGUCUUUUCCUCCGGGCACAAAACCCUAGCAGCUCCCAUCACUUCCUCAGUCGAUUCCCAUGUUGGCGCGCCUCCGGUUGCCGUCUUCUGGGACCUCCACAACAGGCCCCCAAAGUCGAUUAGUCCCUACGACGCCGCUGUUCGCCUCCGUCUUGCCGCCUCCUCCCUCGGCCCUCUCCGCUUCGUCGCGGCCUACGGCACUGCUCAAGCCCUCCGCAACGUCCCCUCCCCCGUUUGCAUCUCUCGGCUACAGGACCCUGCUCCCUCCGCGGCUUGCAUCUGCCGCGUCUGCGGCCGCAACUUUUUCGUCCACUCCAAGCUGCUUAAUCAUUUCAAGAUGCACGAGCGCGAACACGAGAAGCGCCUCCGCAGACUCGACUCGGCCACCGGCGGCCGCUAUGUCCGUCUGAAAGCCCAGCUCAGUUUAAAGAUGGAUAAGUUCAGGAAGGCGGCGAGGGAGGUUUUGAUACCUAGGGUCGGGCAUGGCCUCGGAGACGAGCUCCAACGGGCGGGGGUUUCGGUACGGAUUGUGGAGGAUAGGCCGGAAGCGGCUGAUCGGGCGCUUAGGGAGCACAUGGCGGAGACUAUGGAUAGGCGACGAGUUGGCUGCUUGGUUUUGGUUUCAAAUGACACCGGAUUUGUCGGAGUUAUCAGGGAGGCAAGGAUGAGGUGCAUGAAGACGGUGGUGGUUGGUGAUGACGGGGACGGGGCGCUGAAGAGGUGCGCUGAUGCUUCUUUCUCGUGGAAGGAGGUGGUUUCAGGGAAGGCAAGGAAGGAGGGGCCUUCAGCCGUGGUAAGGUGGAAUGACAGGGAUUUGCUAAAGAAAUUGGAGUGGCGGUAUGAACCAGAGUCGGAACCUAAUGAAAGCGAAUGUAAUGGGAGUAAAUGGGAAGACAUAGAUCCAGGAUAUGAGAGCGCUUCUGAUGGAUGUGAAGAUUUGAUGGGCCAGAGAGUUUCCAAGCCUUGGUGGAAGCUUGAUUAG